CUUGAAAAACUCAAUCCCAUUCAUUCACCGCCCAGCGCACGGAGCGUGUAUAUCGAAGUCAGACGGCGACCAACACUUCAAGCUCUUUUGGAUAACUGACACAAAACAUCUUCCGCCUUUUGUUUUUAUGCAUCCGCAGAAGUGAGUCCUGUUGUUCAGUGACGGACGGUUCCUUUCGAACAAAAUACGGCCUGGUGGGACCGACAUCGCCUUUCCACGUCAUGUGGGGGAGGCUUGGGUUACAAAAUGUCGAGCAUUCUGGGCAAAAUACCUAAAUUUACUCUGAAGUUACCGUCUGCCUUGGCUAAAGCGGGACGUACCAUGUCCGAAUGUCCACUGAUUUGGAUUGAAAUGAAAGAACAUAGGAAGAAUAUUUUGAACAAACUGAAAAAGUUUUUUCAAUGUUCAAAAUUAAUUGAUGAAGAAAAUGAAAAGGAAUUGUCAUUUUCUCUCUGCGACGAUGGUUCUUGCGUUAAAAAUAAAACAGAAGAGCAAAUACCCCUUCAAGUUAAAUUACCCCAAGAUACUGAGAAAAAUGAUAUUUUGCUUGUGAAUAAGGAAGUUCCAGAAAAAGCUGAAGAAGAAACAAGUGAAAAACAAGAUAACAUGGAGGUGACAUGUAGUGUCUCUGUUGACGGUCAAGAAAAACAGGAAUUUUCUUUUACACUGUAUGAUUUUGAUACAUGUGACCGGUCAAACAAGCAGGAUGUCGAGAAAAUUGUUGUUCGUUCCAUCUGUGAAGCUCUAAACAAAACCCUGAAACUACCUCCAUCAGGAAGUCGCACAAUCAAGGUCAAAUUAGCCAUCUCACCAGACAGCAGCAAAGAUCUUGACACAAAAGAACCUUUCAUAGACACCAUAGACUGGCCAACAGCCGAAGCUCCCAAUUUAUCUCCACCGUCCAAACUAAAUGACUGUUGUAGUGCUCAAAAUAAACUCAAUGAUUGUUGUAGUGCUCAAAGUGCAAACACAACGUCCACAUACUUGCCAUCGUCUCUUUCGGAAAAGCCGCCCAAAUACUCAAGCCCUUCUUUGACAAGAUCGCCUCAUGUCGUCCAAAAGUCUCCAGCCAACGUGAGAGCAAUGCCAUCUCCGAAACUACGCCCCUACCGUCCCCAUAAGCAAGAGCAGAAAAUUCAUCUUAAGGAUAGGCUUCAAAUUCGCAUGCAUGCUAGCGAUAAUAGGCAUCAAUUAGAUGACAAUGGUCUGAAUUUUGAUGAAGAUUUCCUUCAAUCUCAUAAACAACCCAGUAGCCGUGACCAUGUCCCUGAGUGCAGAGACAGACGGAACCACUAUUUAGAUCUGGCUGGUGUGGAGAGUCCAAAACGAAACAACCUAUCCCAACCUAAUCAUCAUAGUGAAAGUCCACACGCGGAUCCAUCUCUUGAUGAAAACCACCACCAUGGUAAUACACGCAUGGAUGCGAAAUAUCUGUGCCCUUAUCGUCUCAUGGACAGAACGCAUGUAUGUUCCAAACCCCAUCGAACAAGAGACUGCUCAGGCUCGUCACCCUUAAAAAAAUCUGUGAACUACCAUGCUAAACUCAAUGGCAACAAUGAGGGUGGCAGUCCUCAUAUGUAUCGGACAAAAGUGAAUCUUGAUCCACAAGAUGAUAUACUGAACUUUGAUUAUGAUUUAAAUGAUCUAGUGCCCGAGGCCAAGUUUGAUUGGGAAAAGCCCCAUCACAGGCGGUCGAAGUCCUACGAUCUUUACGAGAGCAAUGUGAUGAACUCUGGUGGCUUUUAUUCUCCAAAACUGAAGCCAAAAAAUAAUCAGAACUGGGCUUCCAUACUAGAAAGCCAAAAAUUUUCUAAUCAUCUCCCUUCAUCGCCAGGACAUCACUAUCGCCACAGGCAUCGGGAUCGGGAGCGUCAGCGAGCAAUGCAAGAAGUAGCGAACUGGAUUGCUCGCGAGCACUCCAAUCCGAAGGCCGAGACAGCGAAACAUUUUGUGAGAAAUAGCAUUGUUCCAAACUCACCCCACAAGCAACUUGUGGAAAGACACGAACAUCAUCAUCUUCAUGAACACGUGCAUCAUCAUUAUCACCAUUUUGUUGAAUUUUAAUUAAAAUUAAAUUCUUCUGUUGGGAAUAUCGCGUGCCAUUAACAUUAUAAUGGCUUAACCGGAUGCUCAUUGUUGAAUUUCAACAAAUCACUGCCUGUGAGAUCAUUUUAAUACUAUCUAUCAUAUCGCAGAUCAUGCAUUUUUUUAAAAAAAAAUUGUAGCAGUCAUUUUUUUGUACUAUUUAUUUUAGAACUGAUAUAUGGAUAAUUUGUUUUUUUUGGAUAUUAUAUACUUUAUAAAUUACUUGUAUUAUCUGAAUUUUUAUUUAUACCGUAACAUUAACUUGAAAGACAGAUGAAUUUAUCAUCUGCCAUAUGACAGAAAUUCUGUAUUUACAAAUUCAUUGUUUAAAUAACAAAUUACAUGAAAGUUAAGAACAAUUAUUUCACUAUUUGUAAAAUUUUCUGUGUGAGCUAGUUUGGGUGUUUUUCAGCGUAAAAACAUAGUUUAAUCAAAUUAUUUACUUUUCAUACAUGACUUGAGUUAUAUUAAUACAGAUUUUAAUCGCACACAUAUCUGGCCUUUAAGCCGUGUCCAUUUCAGCAUUAGGAAAACAUUAUAUAUAGUGUAUAUAUAUGUGUUAUAUGUAAAUAUAGAUUUGUACCUAGAGAUAUUUUAAUAUAAUGUUCAAACUUUUUACAGGGAUGGUCAAAGUUUUUAAGUUUAGAUUUGAAAUGCAUGACAAUAAAUUAAUUUGUUUGGAUCAUGGUAGGAUUUUUAAAAAAGUGCCAAAACUUUAAAUAGAUCUGUCUUGUUAGAAAUUAAUCCUUUUUUAUAUUGUUUUUUUUAUAUUAUACAAUUUUGAAAUGCACCACCUAGUUAAAAAAUAGUUUAUAUUCACAAAGAAUCUUAACAGAGGACAUUUUAUGGAAUAUAAAUAAAGAAACAUUUGCUUUAGUUUUGUACUGAUAAUUUAAAAUCACAAGACUCAUUUCUGAAACAUUCUUGCUGUAUACCAGCCAUUUUAACAGAUUUUGAAAAAAAACAUGUUUUAUACUGUACGUAUAUGAAUUUAACUUGACGAGAUUUCAAAAAAAUUAAACAUCUUCUUUUAUAUAUUUUACAAAUAUCUAUCUAUCAACAUUUACUUUGUUAUGGUAUAGUAAUUUCAUAAAAUUCAGAAUACUCUGUUUCUUUGAUUUUCUUAUAUAUGUACAAUACAUCUACUUAAAAUACAUAAUCAAUAA